AUGUCUUUCACCACGGCCAUCGUGUCGGGGACAAUUAUCUGUGGAUGCCUCAAUUCACUCUUGACCAAGUUUCAGGACAAUCAAUGCGUUGCCCACUGUGACAAUCCGGACAUCUCCAAGCACCAGCUCUACGAGCAGCCAGGGAUCCAGACCCUCCAAAUGUUUAUUGGAGAGUCUGCUAUAUAUCUUGUGUUCUACUGCCUCUACAAGGCUCCGUGGACGAAAAGAUCCCAGUACGUCCAGAUCCAGGCUCAAGAGCCCUCAUUCCGUGAAAGCGUCGUGCUUGCAAUUCCGUCGGUAUGCGACAUGUUAGCCACCUCGCUCAUGAACGUUGGUUUGGUUUACACUCCAGUAUCAAUUUACCAAAUGACCCGAGGUGCCGUUGUGUUAUUUGUGGCCAUAAUGUCAGUGUUGUUCUUGAAGAGAAGAAUAAGGAAAUUGGAGUGGAUCGCGCUUAUCUUUGUCACGCUCGGUAUUGCAGUUGUGGGGUACAGUGGCUCCAGCGGCUCCACCAGUAAGGAGGACCCGAGACUUAUUUCUCUUGGAAUGUCUCUUAUCAUCGUAGCAGUGGCUCUCCAAGCUGUGCAGUUUGUUGUCGAAGAAAAGAUUCUUAGUCAUUAUCUGUUCACGCCUUUGAAGUUGGUCUACACAGAAGGCUUUUCCGGCUCCAUAAUCUUGGUGGCGACCUUGGUGAUUUCGCAUCUUGUGGCUAGCACUUUGCAGAGUGAGAGUGAGUUUGCGAAAUCAAAGCUCAAUCUUCAAGUUUCGCUUGCAGAGACAUUCUCCCUGUGGGCAAUUUUGGGCUCUUCGCUUCUUAUCAUGGUGUGCAUUUCUGCAUUCAAUUUCUGCGGUAUAUCGCUAACGCACCACUUGUCUGCCACUUCGAGGUCCACGAUUGAUAGUUGUCGGACCCUUUUGGUUUGGCUUGUGGCGAUGUGCCUCGGAUGGGAAUCUUUCCGUGUUCUUCAGUUUUUUGGUUUUUCCAUUUUGGUUUUUGGAACCCUAUGCUUCAAUGGGGUGCUCCAGCCAGAGAGUUGGAGCUGGGUGCCAGGAUUUUUGAAAGACAAGGAACACAGCAACGAGAGAUUGAUCGAUGUUGUCGAUGAACCAGUUGAUAGAAUGUAA